AUGAGAACUGCCCCUGCCAAUCAAAGCACUCCAGCUACAACUACUGUCAAUGAUGACAAUGAUCUAAGCCCUGAUCUUGCAGAAUACCUUCAAAAUCAAGGUGACAUCUCUGCACUGAGCAGAGUUCUUCAAGAAUUCCGUGAAUGUGUCAAAUAUCUUCAAAAAUCAGGUCUUCUCAAAUCAACAUCUGAUUACCUCAUUUGGAAGGAAGAGAUCCUGCUUGUUGUUAAGCAAUCUCAUACAGAAGAUAUCCUUGCUAGCAAGCCCUUGGAGAAUGUGGAAAUCUGCAGAGCCCAUCUGUCCAAGGAAUUCAAUGAUAUCAGUGCAACUGCCAUCUAUGAUGGCUCCAACCACUUGUUCAUAGAACAUCUGCUUGCAAUCCGCGUUGAGUAUAUCCACCUUGAAUAUGCUAAUAUCCCCAACUUCAUAUUCUUCGACAAGCUCCUCAACAGCCUCACCAAGAAGUGGUCAACCUUUAUCAGAGAUCGCAUGGACUAUGCAGCAAAGGAUGAUAAUGUCACAUCACUAGAAGAUGAUUUCCUUGAUCUCUGCAGAGAUAUACUACUCUGCCUGCCGUUGGAUGACAAAAAUGCCAGAGAUGACACAAAGAAUGCCAAAGACACCAUCAAGAAGGAUAAGGAUAAUAAGAAGAACAACAAGAAGUGCACCCACUGCAAGCAGGAUGGCUAUGAAGAGCCUUACUGCUGGUUCACACACCCUGAAAAGUGUCCUGUCGAUUGGAAGGAUAGAACAAAGAAUAAUAAUGAAAGCUCAGCGCCUACAUACACCACUGUUGAGCAUGUCUACUAA